AUGACGACCCCUAUUGGAUUCUUAGACUCGUGGACUUGCCGGUUCGGAGUGGAGGGUUUGUCGGCACAGCUGGACGCGUCUCCAGUCUUGGACUCUUUUCCGCCAGAAGGAAUCAUGUUUUGUGAUGAAGACGGCCGCCAGAUUCGCUUGGAUCGCGCCGGCAUCCAGCGCAUCAUGUCAUGUACUUGGGCAUGCCAUCUCCUGUUGGAGGCUCGGCAUCCGCGCGCCCAGACUCCAUCGUGUUGCCUCAUCGCCGCCCGAGGGGAGCCGUUUAUGAGGGUAAAGCCACCGGCGAUCAGCACCCCACAGCAGGUGACAUCAGCCAGCGAGUGGAUCCUGAAGAUGGGCACUCGGAUCCGGGAGCCGGCGAUUAUCUGGGGACAGCUGAAGUUCACAUACGGCCAUCUCUUCAUUGUCUUUUGUGGACUUUUUGUGCUCUCCUCCACGAUGUACAUGCUCUACAGUGCCGACUCCCAGAGCCGGAAGAUCAAGAGCGCCUCGGCGCGCCACAUCCUCAUGCAGUCCGAGGCCGACAUCCUCCAAGCAAAAGCACGAAUUGAAGGAGGUGAAAGCUUCUCCCGUGUUGCAAAAGCACUGAGCCAGUGCAAGUCGGCAGUAGACGGAGGGGACCUUGGUGUCUUCCAACCUGGAGAACUUCAUCCAUCUUUCGACCGAGUUGUGUUCAACCGCUCCAAUCCCAUCGGCCAAGUGCUCGGCCCUGUGAAGACAAAGUUUGGUUGGCACCUCUUCCGGGUGGAGUACCGCACAGGCUUCAAUGAGAGCAACGAUUCAUUCGACGAGCCGCUCGGCGAUGGACCGUUAGUGCAGAGUGAAGGGAGGUGCGGACUGAGUGAUCGUGUGAUGAGAUGGGCAACGACAAAUUGUGCAGUUGUGGUGGACAUGGCCUGCGGCCUGUAUCAUGUGCGAACUGUCAGACUCGCAUCAGCCAUGGAGGGGAAGGCGUUUGAGCUGGGGCGGUGCGUCCACAUCAAUCCUAGUGGUCCUAGUGUCCUCGACUUUGCCCUGACAGAAGGCAUCAGGUAUGGCUCCACAUUGACCGGCAGGCUCGAUCUGAGCCGAAGUUUCGUUGGUUGUUUGAAUUCCUUCCGGUCCGGACACCCAAAGCGCUACGGAACGAGACCGGAGAUCCGUAAGAAGCGAGGACUGUUUCUGACGCCGGCAAGGAUAGCGAACAUGUUCAUAGCAAGGCAUGAGAAAAUGAUGAUGUUCAGUAUCGAAGUCUACGUUCCAAGCAGUGUCGAUGCCGGGUGUGAUGAGAUGCUGAGGUGUGGGGAUUUCUUAUACGAAUCGGUGUUUGUUCGAAGGAUUGGAGUGGUGGACGGUGUGGACAUUGGGCUCGGCCUGUUCACCAGACGGGCAGUGGCCAAGGGCACGUUCCUGGGAGAGUACGUUGGAGUCAUGACCCGCCGUACAUGUGAGGAAGACGGCGUGUAUGGCUUCUCUCUUCCAGUUGUCGAUCCCGACCUCGUCGUCGAUGCGAAAAAGUUCGGCAAUCUAUGUAGGCUUAUAAACCACAGUGAUGAUGAUUGGAACGCUGAGCUGAUGUCUGUUCACCACGAGGGCUUGCUACACGUGAUGUGCCGGGCGACGCGUGAUUUGAUGCCCGAGGAGCAGGUCUUCAUCCACUACGGCAAGCGCUACUGGAUGCCCGAGGCUAGAAGAUGUGUUCGGCUCGGAUGCGCUCCCGAUACAUGA